AUGACCACGGUGCCACGAGACACGCCCGACCAGAGCGACGAGACGGAUUUCGUCGAGUUCCGGCUCGCUGGGGACAGCGUGACGGUCGUUGACCACGGUUUCGCGUCGAUCGAGCCGGAGAACGACGACGCGGGUGCUCUGGAGGCGCCCGCGCACCAGGACGACGGCUCGUUCCACAGCACGUCCGACGACGAGGAGUGGAAGGAGAUGGACAUACAGGUGAACCACGACGAGAUCUACAACAUCCGCGGCGAGAAGAUCGAGACGUUUGUGCAGUCUGCGGAGACCAUAGACAACAAGGCCGAGUCGUCGCAGGGGUACACGCGGAUCUCUGCGCAGGAGGAGGCGGCCAAGUACCUGGAGAUGAACGAGAAGUUUGACUUCCUGUUCCAGAACGAGAACUCGAACCUGCGGAGGCUGCGCGACGGCGACGGCUCCGACGAGACGGUACACGAGACGGUUGACGAGGCGAUGGACGAGACGAUCGACUCGAGCGCGACGCAGCUCGAGGAGCAGCUGUACUCGACGCGCGCGAUGCUGACGGAGCCGCAGAAAGUGGCGUAUGCCGCGCUGGUCAAGCUGAUCAUUUUCCGGCUGCACCUGGACCUGUCGCUGCUGCGCGGGUCCGGUUCGUCGAGCGUGUACAAGAAGAUCGCUGGGGCGCAGAAGUCGUUCACGCGGUGGAGCAUGGGCGUCAUGGCGCUGCUGUACGACCACCUGGGCAUCCGGGAGGGCGCGGAGCGCGAGAUGAUCGAGAAGCUGAGCUGCCACGGCAUAGAGGCGAGCGACCUGGUCGGCUGGCUCAACACGAACCUCACGCUCGACAACAGGCUGCGGCCCGAGACUGUGCGGACGAUCGGCGUCGACGCGUCGGAAGCGACGCUCGACAUCGACAUCCGCUGGACGCUGAUCUGCGACCUGUUUCUGGUGCUGCUGGAGUCGUCGACGUACGACGCGCGGUCGCGGACGCUGCUGCUGCAGUUUGCCGCGUCGAUCGGGCUCGACCAGCUGGCGGUGUUCCAGUUCGAGCGGCGCAUCACCGACGCGCUCGAGAUGGAGGCGUCGAUGGCACGGCUCAACAACUCGCAGGUCUGGGACGAGAAGGACAUCCUGGCCGAGCACAAGCGCAAGUUCCGCAAGCAGAAGCUCGUCAAGAUCGGGUUUGCGACCGUGGCCGGCGGGCUGGUGAUCGGCCUGAGCGCCGGCAUGCUGGCUCCCGUCAUCGGUGCCGGGCUGGCUGCGGGGCUCACCACGGUCGGCAUAGGCGGCACGUCUGGGUUUCUGGCAGGCACCGCAGGCACCACGAUCAUCACGUCGACGGGCGUUCUGACCGGCAUGCGGAUCGGCAACAAGGGCAUGGGACGACGCGUGGGCGCCGUCAACACGUUUGAGUUCAAGCCGCUGCACAACACGGGCCGCGUGAACCUGGUCCUCACGGUGAGCGGGUGGAUGUCGGGCAAGAUGGACGACGUGCGGCUGCCGUUUAGCACGAUCGACCCUGUGAUGGGCGAUCUGUACUCGCUGCUGUGGGAGCCGGAGAUGCUCACGAGCAUGGGCCAGACCAUCAACAUUCUGGCGUCGGAGGUGCUCACGCAGUCGAUCCAGCAGAUUCUGGGCAGCACGAUCCUCAUCACGCUGAUGGCCGCCGUGCAGCUGCCGAUGAUGCUCUCGAAACUCGGCUAUCUGCUGGACAACCCCUGGAACGUGUCUCUGGACCGGGCCUGGAGCGCAGGCCUCGUGCUGGCCGACACGCUGCGCCGCGGCAAGCUGGGCUUCCGGCCGAUCACGCUCGUCGGGUUCAGUCUGGGCGCGCGCGUCAUCUACAGCUGUCUCCUGGACCUUGCCAAGCGCGGCGACUACGGCCUCGUCGAGAACGUUUAUCUGUUUGGGUCGCCGUUUGUGGUGAAGCAGGACCAGGUCGCGAUGGCCCGGUCGGUCGUGAGCGGCCGCUUCGUGAACGGGUACUCGAAAAAAGACUGGAUCCUGGGCUAUCUGUUCCGUGCUACCAGCGGCGGGCUGAGCCGCGUGGCAGGACUCUCGCCCGUCGACGAGGUGGAGAACUUCAACUGCUCGGAGCUGGUCCAGGGACACAUGGAGUACAGGAAGGUGAUGCCGCGGCUGAUGAAGGAGAUGGGCUGGGAGGUGCUGAACGAGGAGUUUGUGGAGAUCGACCAGCCCGACGAGGAGGAGACCAAGCGGCAGCGCAAGCUGGUGCACGACUUCGAGCAGGCGGCGAAGAAGCGCGAGGCGGCCAAGUCCAGGAAGUGGUACGACAAGCUGUUCCGCAAGAACAACAAGGAGUGGUGGGAGAUGUACGAGGAGGGUGUCAAGGAGGAGGAGCAGAAGCAGGAGCUGUUCGAUGUGGACGAGCUGGCCAGGCAGGUGGAGCAGAUCGCCAAGGAGGCGCGCACGGAGCCGGAAACCGGCCAGCUGAAGCAGUUCAACUUGAGGACGCCGCCGGCGGGCGAGCCGUGCGACGCGGGAGACCGCAAGACCGCGUCGCCGUUCAACGUGACGGUCGUGCAGACAGAGACGGAGACCGCGGAGUACCGGCCGUUCAGGCUGAACGAGCGCAGGGAGCCGGGCUCGUGUGAGCACGCCAGGCUCAACCUCAACGCGGUGGAGACAGAAAACAGGAAGAACGAAGAGUCUACGAACAUCUAUGACGACGAAGACGAGUUCCCGACCGACGAGCGCAAUCUGGAAGUCACCUUUAUCUGA